AUGGAUCAAUUCAGCUUUAGUAACGUCGCCAACCCAACCAAAUACUAUGCGCACGCCGUGAUGGGAAUGGUCUAUUUCACAUAUGUGUUUUUCGUGAUCACUCGCGAGAGCCUUUUCUACGCAAACCUGCGGCAAACAUAUCUCAAUUCACCUGCUUAUGUGAACCGUAUUUCAUCCCGAACGGUCCUGUUUAUGUCCGUGCCCGAGUCUUACAAAAGCGAAAAGAAGCUGCGUCAAGUUUUUGGCGAUAGCAUUUGCCGUAUCUGGAUUACCUCAGAUUGCAAGGAGCUCAAUAAGAAGGUUGAUCAACGAGACAAAUUAGCUUAUAGACUCGAGAGAGCGGAGAUUAAACUCAUACGUGGUGCCAAUGCCUCUCGAUUAAAAACAGAAGCCACGAGAAAAAAGAAUGGCCUCGGAAUCUGCGACGACUGCGAGUUGGCCGAUCCGCUAACGGCCACAAAGAUCAAACGUCCAAUGCAUCGUGCCAACUUUUUCGGAAAAAAAGUUGACAGUAUCCAGUACUAUCGCUCCCGCCUUGCCGUGGCGAUCAAGGAAGUUGAAGAAUUGCAGCAAAAACACCGAGAUGGAGAUGCAAAAUACCUGACUGCGGUAUUUGUGGAAUUCAAGACCCAGUCAGAUGCUCAAGUCGCAUUACAAACUCUGUCUCAUCAUCAACCUAUGCAUAUGACGCCUCGUUAUACCGGGAUAGCACCACGCGAGGUGAUAUGGUCUUCUCUCAACUUGAGCUGGUGGCAGAGAAUCGUUCGCAUGUUUAUGGUGCAAGGUGGAAUUGCUGCCUUGAUCAUAUUUUGGUCCGUUCCUGCAGCCAUUGUUGGAACAAUCUCGAAUGUCACAUAUCUUGCGCACUUGAUUCCAUUCCUGGGGUGGCUAGCCGAUCUUCCUGGUUUUAUUGAAGUACCUCCUCUAUGUCGGCUCUUCGCAAGAAAAGCUGGCUUACCUUCUCUAUCGCGAGUCGAGCUAUUUACUCAAUCCGCGCACUUCUGCUUUCAAGUUGUGCAAGUAUUUCUGGUGACAACUAUCACGUCUGCAGCUUCAGCAGCUGUGAGUCAGAUUAUCAAGAAUCCACUGUCAGCAAAGGAUUUGUUGGCGCAAAAUCUGCCCAAGGCAUCCAACUUUUACAUUUCCUACUUUUUGCUGCAAGGAUUGGCGAUGAGCUCGGGUGCCGUCGUACAAAUCAUGAGUGCUUUAAUAUUUAAGAUUCUAUCUGUCUUUUUUGCUACGACUCCAAGACGUCUGUUCAACCGUUGGACACAAUUGACGGGACUCAGCUGGGGCAGUAUUCUUCCCGUAUUCACCAACAUGGGUGUCAUUGCUUUGACAUACUCUUGCAUUGCGCCUCUCAUUCUGGCAUUUGCCUUCAUUGGGCUUUUCCUCGUUUACCAAGCUUACCGCUACAAUCUUUUGUUCGUAUACAAUCUCGAUAUCGAUACCAAGGGGUUGAUAUAUCCGCGCGCACUACAACAUUUGCUUACUGGGGUAUAUUUGGCGGAAAUAUGCAUGAUCGGGCUUUUCUCGAUCAAAGCGGCAAUUGGUCCGUUGAUUAUCAUGGCAUUCUACACGAUUCUCACGAUCCUCGCCCAUAUCUCUCUUAAUGACAUGCUGAGACCACUUAUGGAUUUUCUCCCACGAAGUCUCGAUACCGAAGAGGAAGAAAUACAAUUAAACCAAGAAGCGGCAGAAGCCUACAGACAUGCAAUGACUCGACACGGACGAAUCUGGAAAUGGUUCCAUCCAAAUCUGUACAGAGACUAUGCGGAUCUGCGGCGUAAAGUUCGAAGGGAUCAUAUUCAAGUCGAAUAUUCGGAGAAGGAACUAGCGGAUGCUUACUACGAGCCAUGUAUUACUGCCGAGACACCCCAGCUGUGGAUACCCAGAGAUCCUGGUGGACUCAGCCAGGAGGAGAUUCGACACACGAGUGCUAUCAUUCCCAUAUCCGAUCAUGGUGCGCAUCUCGAUGCAAAGAACAAAAUUCAGUGGAAUAAACAUGAUGAAGAUCUGCAUAUGUGGGAAAGGAGAGUGUUAUACUAA